UUAUUUUAUUUGUUAAAUUCUUUUAAUUCAGGAGUGCGAUUAGUAUAAAACAUUUUUGUUUUUAAUAUUCGUUAUUCCAAUUUAAUUUAGUUGAAUUUAAAGAUUUCUAUAAAAUUUCGAAAAAAAAAAAUGCCAACUAACCAUGGAUUUGAAGAAUCACAAGAUUUUUCAUUUCAGAAAUCCCUGAAUUGGUGGUCAAUCAGGACAAAGCAAUUCCCGCAGUUCAAAAUGAAAAAGUUUACACAUUUGAUGAGGCACUCGCUCAAACUAAAGUUGGGAUAUUUCAUUAUUUUCUUCAGUUAGUUAGUGGAAUAUGUUUGAUGACAGCUGUUGUAGAAAUCACUGGUAUGAGUGUAGUUAUGCCUUUUAUAAGUCGUGAUAUUCCUUCAACAACUGCUGAAAAGGGUUAUCUAGCUUCAGCAGGAUUCCUAGGAGUUGUUAUGAGUUCACAUGCUGUUGGAUUUCUCUCUGAUACUUGGGGACGAGCCAAGACGAUGCGCACAACUUUGUCAAUAAGUUUCAUAACAAGUAUCAUGUCAGUAUUUUCGUUCAAUAUCUGGAUGCUUAUUGUGUUGAGAUUUUUGACCGGAUUCAUUAUGUCAGCAAGUCAAGGAAGUAUAUUUAAUUUAGUUGGAGAAUUUCACAGUAGUAAAACACGAGCGAAAUAUGUUACAAUGUUGUCAAUGUUUUCUCAACUUGCAAUGAUUUUUAUGCCUGCUGUAGCAAUGGGAAUUCUACCACUAAAACUUAAUACCGAAGUUUUUGGCUUGCAAUUCGAAUCAUGGCGUUUGUUAAUGUUAAUUUUCUCUUUCAUGAGAACAUUUGCUUUGAUUGGACUUUUUAUAUUGCCUGAAACUCCGAAAUUCGUACUUGUUCACGGUAAUCAUGAUAAAGCAAUUGGAAUACUUCAAAUGAUGUAUUCGAAAAAUACUAGAAAACCGAAAUAUGAAUAUCCGGUACGUCGUAUUGCUUCAGAGGGCAGAGGAGAUAGUUUAAAAAAUGUUCAUGGUGUUAAAGGAGCUUUUGAACUUAUAUGGAAUCAAACAGUUCCACUGUUUAAUAAGAGUCGAAUACUGCAUACGAUGAAUAUUUGUGUGAUGAUGUUUUUGAUAAGUGCUAUUUCACAUGGAGCUUAUAUGUGGUUUCCAACAAUAUUAAAACAACAAAUUGCUGAUUCUGCAAAUGGCCUCUCAACUUGUGAAAUAAUGCACUUAGCAUCCAAUGAGUCUGUAAACGUAACACAAAUUGAAGAAGUAUCUUCAGAAGUUGUAAUAGACACAGCGAUGUUUAAGGUCCUUAUAACUAUUGGAGCAGUCUUUUCUGUAACCUAUUUCUUUUUAUCACUCAUCAUUAACGCAGUUGGAAAGAGAAAAUUAUUAUUCGCAUUGAUCGUUUUCCCAGGAUUAAGUUGUUUGGCAUUACAAUUUGUGAUUAGUGUACCAUGGGCAAUUGUUACUUUGACAGUUUUAAUGAGCUUAAGCAAUUGUAUCGGCAUUGUUGGUACAAUGGCUUUUGAAUUUUUCCCACCAAAUGUUAGUGGCAUGGGAAUGAGUUUGAUUAUGAUGAUUGCACGAAUUGGAUCAGCGGCGGGAAGCAGUGUAUUCGGAUUAAUGAUCUAUGUAAAUUGUGAUAUGUUAUUUUAUAUUUCUUUUGGCUUAUGUAUGUUUUUGUUGAUAUUGUCAAUUUUAUUACCAAGUAAUGAGAAGAAAAUACAUACUGUUAAUAGUUAAUAGUAUGUUAGUAAUAAGUUAUAGAUAUUAAGAUUUUUUUUUAAUUUUUUUAAAAUAAAACAAAAAAGCAUUACACUUAUAUAAUACAAACAUAAAAGAUACUGAAUGA